AUGUGGAGGUUGUUCAGUCACAUUACUAUCAUCGCUGUAACAUCUUUUACUGUAUCGUUACAUCUGGAGUUUGAUAACAAACCUACAAUGGCUUGCGCUCAAUCCGAGCAACAUAGAGAACUGACAUUUGCAGCCCAGUUAGCUGCAAAACUUGCAGUACCACACCUGGAGGAUGACGGUCUUCAAUCAGUCAUCGCCAACUUCAUCUGGAAUCUGACAGAGCAGAAUUUGGAGGUGAUACAGGCGUCGUUGAGCUACCCGUUCUCCAGACACCAAAUCGACCAAAUGCUGACGUCUGUUGUAAAGUCAGCCACCACCACCGUAUCUGAUUUACUGCCCAAACUGUCAGAGAUAACAGGUGUGAGUCCGUCAGCAGUGGUGAACUCGACAUCCUCAUCCACUGAAGACCUUUAUCAGGACACAUCGAGCAUACCAGACAUCCUGAAGGUGGAAAAACUGCCCUUCAUGCAUCCCCUUGAAACCUUUUUCGGGAUCACCGUGGAAAGUCUCCUGGCAGACUGCAGCUUACUGGACUCUUUAGGAGAAUUCAGUUUGCAGUCGUCUGAGCUCGCUGGAAUUGUUGUGGAACAUGUUUUUCAUCGGGUCAACAUGGUGAUGCAUAACAAUAUACUGAAAAUCAACUUGGCAUCAUCGUCAUGCUUCCUUUAUCUCAGCCCUGAUGAGUCCUGCUGUGCUAUUGGAGAGUUGCUGAUCAAUGGAGUCAUCCAAAAGCUCCGUUAUUUACAUCACUACAUCACUCCAACAGCGGCCGCAACAGCAAUCGGCACCGUUCUUGUUUCAAUUCAGGACCAACUUCCAACUGCCCAUAGACAGAGUCUAUCGGUGGAGGUCACAAGCAAUGUGAUCGAAUACAUAACAGAGGAUGUCAUUCGUUGUUGGUUAAAGAAUCCCAUUGAGGGGUCAAAAAUUUGGAAAAGUGAACACGUCCCUGUUCUGAGGCCAACAUUUCAGUCCACUGAUUGUGGAUUGUUGUUCCUGCUGGCGUCAGAUCAACAGUCAUGCAAGCCUGAAGCAAAAACAACCACUUUAUUUGACUCCCUGAUGACCGAUCUUUGCAAGUUGAAGUGCAGCAAUCACUUCACUGGCAAUAGUAACGAUUCCGCAGUUUCAGAUCGUCUGCAUCAGAGACUUGCAGAUUUAAUGAACUGCAUUAUCAGGCGCGAGACGCUCCUGCAGGUCAGACUGACCACGAAAGAGUUUCUUCGAUAUUUCGUGGAGGAGCUCGUGCACAGGCUCUUUGUGUCCUCUACUUUUCCAUGUCCUUCAAAUCAGCCUGAAAAAACUCCACUGAUGCCCUUCAUCAUAAAAGAAGCGGACUCCGGUCUGACGGUGGUGGAUCACUUGACAGAUCUGGUGGUCAGUCAAGUAUUUGAGCUGCUGGCGAAGAAAUAUCCAGUGAGCGAACCUGAACCGAAAACCAGAGAUGUGUCAGUUCAGGAGGAUCCACCAAAGCUGACCUUCAGGGAGAAGCUAAUGAACAUGAAGACAAACAUCCUUAAAAAGGUAAGCCCUUUCAAGUCCAAAAAGGGCAGCAAGAAGAAGGAAAAGGCUGAAGCAACAGCAGAGUCACAAAAACCCCAAAAGAAGAAGUCCCUUUUUGGGUUGACACUUUUCUUCUCUGUGAAAGUGAAUCGUAAAUGA